ACAAACACACACACACACACACACACACACACACUCUAUCUCUCUAACUAACAAAGCAAAAAUGCAAUACAAAACCGAAACUCGGGGCUCGUUGUCGACCUACAAUAAGGUGAACAACAUGAACGUGUUCCCGUCAGAGACUCUGGCUAGAAUAGAAUCGAUGGCAGCAGAAAACGCGGUGGUCAUAUUCAGCUUGAGCACUUGCUGCAUGUGCCACGUCGUCAAGCGUCUCUUCCGCGGAUUGGGAGUCAGCCCCGCCGUCCACGAGCUCGACCUCCACCCUUAUGGAGCUGAUAUCCACCGAGCUCUCCUUCGUCUCAUCGGCUGUUCAAGCGGCUGCGCUUCCACUUCUCCGGGGGCACUUCCGGUGGUAUUCAUCGGUGGAAAGAUGGUAGGAGCAAUGGAGAGAGUGAUGGCUUCUCAUAUCAACGGCUCACUCGUCCCUCUUCUCAAAGAUGCUGGUGCUCUCUGGCUCUGAUCCCAACCAAAGUCCACCUUCUUCUUCUGCGUCUUUUUUUCUUCCUUUUUUUUCGUUUCUUCUCUUUUUGUUUGUUUGUUUAAAGAACAAAAAAAAAGAGAGUAGGUUAAUCAGUGUUGUCCAAAAAAAAAGUUAAUCAUAGUGUUCAAAUAGAGACAAUGAGGUGAGAAGAGUGGUGCGUCUGUUCUAAGCUUAGCUAAACACUCUUUGUUUAUCUUAACUACACUAAUACUCAGUUUCAAAAAAAACGAAAAAAAAACUACACUAAUAUAUAUUUAGUAAUCUCUGUCUCUAGAAAGCUUUCUUAUCUCCACUUUUACAACUUUGACUGUUAAAUCUUCAAAAAUAAUGGUCACAUUAAGACAAGAGUA